AUGAAAAUUCCCCUUUGGGCCUUUGUGGCCUUGCCCUUCACCACCGCCCUCGUCUUCCCAUUCCACCAUAAUCCCCUCCCCGAGGAUGAUGAUGGUAGUUUCACCAUCGCCGACGAGAAUAUAAACCCCGACCUAAUCAAUGGCAUAACCACCACCCUCGCAACAGCCCUCGACCACCUCACAACCGACAUCUGGCCCACCAUCGUGAACAACUACCUUAACUACAACCCCAGUGAUUCACCUCAUCUCUACGCCCAGCACGUCUCCGAACUCGCUCCGCCCUUCCGCCAUCCCACUCCACCCCCAUAUCUCCGCCACCCCGCAUCCAAUAAGACCCUCUACGACCUCAUCCUCUCCAACCCGGAUACUUCCAUCAUCGCUCACUUCAUCCGCAACGACUAUCAUCUUACGACCCUGCUCAACAGUACCACCUCGAACAACCUUACCUUCUUCGCUCCUACCGACGAAGCCAUCCGCAAACUCCACCACCAAUACCACCAUGAACAUAAUACCAACAAUAAUGAGGACACCCACGCCCGCAUCCACCACAUCCUCACCUACCACACCGUAAAGGGCUCCUAUCCCAUCGACAAACUUUUCCAAUCACCCACCGUCCCGACCUACAUCCAUACUGAACAUAGUACCCUCCCCCAACGCAUCACCGUCCAUCCAAUCCUACUCCGCGACCUAAUGCUCAACUUCCACAGCCGCAUCAUCUCCCUGGAUAAACACGCCUCCAAUGGAGUCCUCUACCACAUCGACUCGGUUCUUAUGCCUCCUCUUUCUACCCUCACCAUACUUAACUCCCUCCCUUCCGAGUUCAGCACCUUUACGCUAGCAUUGUACAGAACUGGUCUGGAUAGGGUACUUACCACCAGCUCCGAUACAAAUACCAAUACCAUUACCAUCACCAGCAGAAGCAGAAGCAAGAACCCCAACAAAGCCCUAACCAUCCAAGACGAUUACCAAACACAACCACAACCACAACACAGUCAAGAAGAAGAAGACGGAGGAAGAGGAAAAAGAAAUAGUCUAACCCUCCUCCUCCUCCCCCCCAACCCCUCCUUCGUGGCAACAUUCACCCCCGAAGCCCUCACCUUCCUCUUUUCCCCCGAGGGGGAAAAAUACCUCUCCGCCAUCAUAAAAUACCACAUUGUUCUCGGCGAGACGCUCUACUCAGACCACCUGUAUACCAAACACGGUGAUAUACUCCCCCUCCCACCGGGGGAUAACUCCAUGUUUCAUAUAGAGAUGGAGAGUUUGUUACACAGAUCUCAUUCACGUACUGAUAUUGAUGAUGAUGAUGAUGAUGAUGAUGAUGAUGAUGAUGAUGAAGGCAAGACGGGGAGGGUUUCCAUCGAUGCGAAAUGUCACAGCGCGUACCCACUUCUCCUCCAGGUAAUAAAUGGGUAUCAGGGUGUCAAGGCGGGGGAGGAGUUGUUGACUGCGGAGGGGAGUAUGUUUGUUUUAGGUGGGGGGAGGGUGUUGGUCCCGCCGAGGAGAGGAGAUGGGGAGGAGGAGGAUGUGGUUGAUGCGAGGGAGAGAGGGGAUGGUGGUGGGUAUUUGAUGGGGGUGGAGGAGGUGAGGGAGAGGGUGGAAGGUUGGUUGGGUCAUGGUGGAUGA